AUGGCACCUCAGCAGCAGCAGCAGCAGCAGCAACAACAACAACAGCUAGGGCCUGUUACGGCACUCAAACGGUUGAAUAGGUGCGGCUUAGGAACCUCGACAGAAACGGAGUGGAUUCUUGGAGUCGGCGUUGGACACCUACUGGAGCUUUGGCGCGAGGAUCCAUUGUGUCUACUGGGCACCGUUGCUUGUCUGCCCGCAGGUCAAUUCAUCCACGGCAUCGAGACUUCAUCACUAGAUCCAGCACCACCAGCAGCUGGUACUGCUGCGUCCCAGUGGCUUGUGGUAUUUGGAGGACGGCACCUCUGUCUGUGUCACUGGCCAUGCGAUGACGCACAGCUGCCCGUUCGCUGCAUCACCUAUGCCGCUGACGCUUGGAUCCUCGCAGUCUCCGAACCACAGCUCUGGAGCGCUCCAGGUGGGGUCGUUGAAGAGCCUGCUUUGGCGGCAGAGGCGUCGCCACGUUCCGCCUCGUCCGUAUCACGAACACGAGAACCCGCUGCGGGAGCAGGUUGUCCUGCGAGCGUGGACAGAAACGCAACACAUCAUCAUCGCGUUGCUGAGAAGCGAGAGUCCAACGAUACCGCCAGUCUGCGACUCUACCUGGCGCUUGCGGACGGACGUGUCCUAGCCCUAAGGGCGACAACGUGUUCAAAUGACGCUCGGAUUCACCACAUCAGGACUUGCUGUAGUCUCGAGCGAGCUUGUUACUGGUCUGCUGCCUUUUCACCGACUGCGUCAUUGGUAGCGUUCGGUACGGCGGAUGGCUCUAUUCUGGUGCAAGCGCUGGCAUCACAGCAGAACCCGACGUUUCUGACGCGAGAGGCUUCCUUCAGCGUGCCUGUUUUCGAGCCGAAGCGAUCCUCGCUAUCCUGCCGACGUUAUCAGGCACAUCGAGGGCCGAUCUACGGCGUUGUUUGGGCAAGACCAUUCCUUACCGCUUCGAAUGGCACAAUUCGCAGGGACAGCAUCCCCGCUGGUUCCCUAUCCAACGGGACUGGUCCGGAAGCGCUCAACACGCUCUGGUUGUGCUCAUGUGGCGAUGAUCGUACCGUACAGUGCUUUCGCGUCCAGUGUGAUGUUGCUACAAAUGGCCUGUCAGGGAGCACAACGUGCACCCCGGUACAAGCAGUCGAUCCUGUGUUCAUUGGUGUAGGCGAAUGCGGUGCCAGCUCGACACCUGAAGCAGUCCAAGUGGCUGGGCUCGAACGAAUCGCACUCCUUCGGGGGCACCAGGCCCGUCCCUGGGCAGUGCGAGCCUACACCUGUCCAGCGUCGGAAGCGUCGCCACCAAAGCUCCAUUUAAUGGUCGCCAGCGUCGGUGAAGACGAUACUGUGCGACUCUGGGAUGCGCAGCGCAACUGCUGUCUGCACUGCUGGCGAGGGCAUCGACAACGCAACUGCUGGUGCCUGGACCUCGCACUAGCCGCUCUCUCGACACGAAAUGCGGUCGCUGGACCAUGGCCUUUGCUCAAGCUCUAUAGUGGCGGCGCAGAUGGAUCCGUGAGCAUCCAUACCGUGCCCUGGCCGCGAGAAGCGGCACUUCCGGCCACAAUCGUGCAGCGCGCAGCUGCAGAAAAUCCUGCAUGCCCAGGUCGCGGGAGCGCUGAGGCGAACUUGACCUCGACGACUGCGGAGGCAUCGGUUCGUCAACAGCUCCAUUUUUGGCCGGAGGGUUUGGUUGCUGCACCACCGCUACCGCCGCUCAGCGCAGCAGCACGACCCUCUGUUCGUGAGCACGCUCGCGCUAUGGCAGUUUUGGCAAACCCGCAACUACUCUGCAUCAGCACCAGCGCCAGAAGGGUACUCGCCCUGCAACUGGAAGCACUCAAGUGGACGGAGGUGCUCCACGGAGACCACAGCGUGGACUUCAUGCCAGCCUGUAUCGCAGCGGCCAAGAGUCGGCCCUGGCUCUUCCUGGGAUCAAGUCAUCGCCAGAGCACCAUUUUAGCGUUGUGCCUGGAUUUGGAUCAUAUGAACGCUUCGGAUGCGAGAUCUGGGCAUCUGCUGCAGCACCAGGUAUGCUGGAACGCACGCCCUGAGGCACAUCCCGUAACCCUGGUGGAGCUCUGGCAGGAUCGCCUCCUCGGUGCCGCCUUUGCGGACGGACUCGUGCUGGUAUUCGAUAUCGCGUCGUUGCUGGAGCAGCGGCUGCUGCCUCGCGAACGGGCACCAACAGCACCACACGUUAUUGCGCGGGUUCCGGCACCACGUGGUAUUGUCCAGCAACCGUCUUGUAUCCAUUUUUUUGCGAACUUGACAGGGGCAGCGUGCAACACGCCAAAGGACGCAGCACUGCAUUCACCGGCAGCAGUGAUCGCCCUGCUGAUAGGUCAUCGCUCCGGUCACGUGCGCCUACAUCCCGGGUUGUCGUCAAGUGCAGAAGCAUGUGCAGAACUUGGGUGUAUUCAACUGGUGCGACCACAUGACGACCGCGUCUCUAGCAUCGCACCAACUGGGGUAGCGGGCGAUGGCGCUCGCUCCAGCAAGCCACAGGCGCUCGCAUCGAUGCUCUGUCUGCUUUCAAUGGAUGGGACCUUUACGCGCUUUGCGCUGGAAUAUGGAACGGACGCUUCUAGGCUUCGCCUUGUCCAGUGCAGUCGUGAAAAAUGUCCAUCCGAAUGCGAACAGGGCGAUUGCCUCUGGGAGCUGGCAGAGUGUGCGGAACCCGGUGAUCCACGGGUGCCAGCAAGUCCCCGGAUGCUGUUUGCGUCGGGAUUUCGGGGCCAGUAUGCCGGGAUAUGGCGCCUAGAUACCGCACAGCCGUUGUUUCUUGUGCCGUGUGGAGGUUGGCGUCGACCGCAUACGCUCUACGAACGCAAUGUACCUGCAGUCGGACGCGUGAUUGGUUUUGGCUUUUGGAAAGCGGGCAGCGUUUACCUGUACGAGCGCAUCCUCCAGUCACCUGAUGGUGGUUGUUGUCGUUGUUAUUGGUAUCUGCCGCAGCGGCUACGUCUCCAAGGAAGCGGCAUGCGCAUCCAAGGCCUCGUGGUGUUGCGGGUGUCCGGCCAGUGCGCUCUCGAUGUGGAUGCUCGGAUGCUUGAACCUGAAACUGGUAGUCGGGUAUCGCAGCAUUGGCAAAAGCGACUGGAACAAAAGGAACAAAGGCAGCAGCAGCAGCAGCAGCAGCAGCAGCCACAACAACAACGAGAACAGGUCGCGGGUGUACCGCAACACUCACGAGCGACCCGGGAAUAUGCCUCUCAUGCAGGGGAAACUCUCAUGUACUGGAUAGCAACCGCCUCCGAGGAUACCAAUCUGGAUCUCUAUCAGUGGCAGGUGCAGCGUCUCAGCAAAGGAGGCCUGUUCUCCGCAGCGAGUUGGGAACGCGUCGCUUCAGGGAGUGCGGUCCACUUUUCGGGGGUACUGACGCUGGCCGCAUUGCCUUGGCCCCAUUUCGAAGCUGACCGAGCAGCGCUUGCUACUCCCAUGGACGCAGUACAGGACGCUGAAGCGUAUCUGCUGGUCAGUGGUGGUGGUAGCGAUACCCUCGCCAUCUGGCGGGUUUCCGCUGCUGGCCUGAAUCAUCUUGCACGGUAUAUUCGCUCCCGCAGUCGAGCACCGUUUGCCGCGAGUCUAUGUCGACCGAGUGAUGAGUCGUUAGCGCGCGUGACUGCUGUGGUGCUCGGAGCUGCGUCUUCUACCGAUAGACAGCACGGCGCUCAUCUGGACGCGACGCAGACGACACUGGCAGUUGCGGAGCAGCGUACCGAGCCCAAGCUGCUCACGGCUUGGUUGCUUUGUGGUCGUAGCGAUGGUACGCUCUCGCUUUACCGACUGCAGGUCCAGCCGCAUGUCGACGCCAGGCAUCCUGCGGGCAUUAGGGCCAAAACAGAGCGGUUUGAGCAACGCUCCCCCGAUCGAAACUGGUACACGACGAUGACGCUGGUAGCCGUGCGUCCACGCCAAGCCUACGCCUACCCGCGAGCGCUCUGUAGCAUCCGAGGUACGGCGUACGUUUUCGCCGGCGACACUGGUGGCAGUGUUGCACUAUACGUCUGGCCGCAUGACUGGCACACAGCUGAACUCAGAGCGAGACGCGGCACGCUCGACGCUGGGAACGCUCCACUCGCGGAUCCAGCGACGUUCGAACCGUGCUGGGAGCAGUCGGCUUUCCUUGCCGCAGCGGUGAACGCAGUGGACGGCCACUGGUUCCGACUCCAGUCUCAUGACUGGUUACUCUUGGUUGCCGGUGGCGAUGAUCAGCACUUCCGGUUUCAUCUAUGCAAUCUGGCGAACCAGGCUUGCCAUUGGAGUAGUGAGCGCAUCGGACGUCAUAGCGGCGCACUCGUGGGCGUGCAGCUCCGUCGCGUUCAGCUAGUUCACGCUGCUGACGAGCUCUUUCAUCUAUACGCGGAGCUGUGGACGUGGUCUACUGACCGUUGGCUCCGCUGUCACGAGUUACGGCUCGAGCUAACUGCGGAACGUGGUGUGAUCAGUGCAUCGGUGACGACAACACGUAGUUUACUGGUGGGCGUCGGUGAUCCCGCGCUGCUCACGCUCGUGCCAACUUGCUCUGCGCUCGUGGCAUGCGGUUGCGGCAUCGUAACCGUUUUUCCAGAGCAAGCCCAAGGUACAGUGACGGCCGCAGAAAAGCAUAUCUGUUUCCGCUGA